CCUGUCGUCUUUUACUCCACCCCUCCAGACCAAGCCAUCCCUAUCUACUCACCCUUCGGGAAGCUUGUUGUACAGGCUCACAAGCACGCGUCCAAGAUGGUGGUGAAGAAAUCAGGGAAAGCCCUUCUAAGGGAAGAAGGGCUGGAAAGGACGGACAAUGACCUAGACCUUACUUCGUGGCCUCAAGUGAACAUGAUCAAUCAAAAAAACUAUUAUACUGAGUUCCUUAAGAGAGACGACCAAUUCCUUGCAUAUCGCAGCCAAAACGAAGAGGCUAGAAGUCGGAUGAUUAAGGAGGCUAGGGACAAAGAUCGUGCACUUGCGCAGUCGAGCCGCGUGGGCGAGGAUGGAGCAGUGGACGCAGUGGACGACCCAUCAACAGAAGAAGCCAUAGCUGCACUGGGGUCCAAGGAAGCAUACGCCUCGAAGCUGAUAGUCCUACAUGUGGGUAGCCAGAACCUACGGAUAGGCCUGGGGACCGAUGCGCUGCCCAAGACGAUGCCCAUGGUGAUUGCGAGGAAAUGGAGGGAGAAUGAAUCAGAAGAGAACGGCGGGGAGCCCAAACCUAAGCGACUAAAGAGAGACGAAGACUAUACACAUGAAGAUUCGGACAAAGUUUACGACAAUUGGUUCGGGGAAGAUUUUGACAGCCAAUAUGCCACCAUGGCUUCCGAAUUGAGAGUGCGAAUGCGAAAUAACAAACGGCGAGUAUUACCGAACUCGAGGGAAGUGAUUGCCAAUUUCAACCGCAAAUCAUUCCCGGACACAAUAACAGAACACAACGAUCCAGACCGCGUGGACUGGACAGAGAUCCCGCGAAAUCCCAAAGAAGCGCCUGAUUUCGUGACAGGCGAAGCCGCUCUUCGUAUUCCCGAGAAGUCGAUACCACGCUACAAACUAUUCUGGCCCAUACAAUACGGCUGGUUCAACGAAGAGGACUACACUAGCAGGAAUCAGCUUUACCACGAUAUUUCCCGCAUCUUCGAAGAAGCCUUCAGGUCACAACUCGGUAUUAAGGACCUUAAGGAACUGGCAAAUUACAACUGUGUAUUCAUAAUACCCGACUUGUACGAGCGAACUUAUGUCACCAUGAUGCUCGACAUCCUAAUGCGUGAUCUUGGACUAGGCAAGGUCUGCCUACAACAGGAAAGCCUUUCGGCGACUUUUGGAGCUGGCUACUCGAUAUCUUGCAUUGUCGACAUUGGGGCUCAGAAGACCACCGUGUGCUGCGUCGACGAGGGAUUGUGUCUGGAGGAGUCUAGAGUAAAUGUCAAGUACGGCGGGGCCGACGUGUCUGAGACGUUUAUGAGGAUGUUGCUUCACGACAAUUUUCCUUAUUCCGACAUAAACCUAAAACGGAGGUAUGAUUGGAUAUUGGCAGAAGAGCUAAAGCGCAAGUUUGUCUCCAUCAAGGACUCAGACGUUGUGGUGAGGACUUGGGAGUUCCAUCUACGAGCGUCAGGUCAAGAUACGAGGAAAUACGUAUUUAAAACCUACGAUGCAACAGCUCUGGCGCCCAUGGGAUACUUCAAGCCCUCAAUAUUCGAUCAUUCUCAGAAGCUGAAUAGCCGACGCAAUUUUAUUCCUCGGUCCGUAGACCUGUACGAUGGAUCACCGAAUGAUCCAAUAUCAAUUGCCCAGAUCGAAGUCAUCGAUUUCGCUGCGGGGAAGUCAGCCACGGAAAACGGUGCUCUACCUGACAUCGCCAAUACUGCACAAAUCAACUCCACGCCCAGCAAAGAAAGGCCAUUCAGCCUUCUAAGUCGCUUGAAUGACGUAGAGCUAACCCCAAGAUCCUCGGUUGCGGGAUCACCCGGACCUGAAGGCACUCCGAAUCCUGAUAGGGACACACCUGCCGCUGGAGAUCUCGACAAGCCGUCAAUAUUCCAUGAUCCUGUCUUCGAGAAGACCAAGAUCGCCGAGGAGCGCGACAAGGUUCUACCGAUUAUGCCUCUCGACCUUGCCAUCAUGACGUCCAUCUCGCAGGGCGCACGCGGUGACGAUCGGAAGAUGAGAGAUUUCUUUGGUGGAAUCAUGCUGAUCGGAGGAGGCAGCAAGGUCCCUGGUGUGGGCGAGUUCCUCGAGGAGCGCCUGAGGGAGCUGAAGCCCGGUUUCCAGAAGGAGAUACUUGUCGGUCGCCCACCGAGGGAGAUCGACGAACAGGUGCUGAUCUGGAAGGGCGGGAGCGUCUUCGGAAAGUUGUCGUCAAGCGGCAACGACAGCUGGAUCAGCCGUGGGGAAUACGACAUGCUAGGUUCGAGGCUACUGGUGAACAAAUGCAUGUUUGCAUGGUAGUCUUAGAUGGUCUAUCGGCAUAUGAGCCAUUUGUAGGAGAUCAUCCUAAGAGAUACGAUUUAUUGGAUAUCUCAACUAUUGAAUGAAUGUAUGGCAGUCAGACCUCC